CUAUAGUUAUGAUAAAUUUAUUUCCUCUUUUCCUAUAAAAAUUAAUGAGUCUGGUACAGGAUUUUCGGCAUUUAUUAAAAUGGCACCCAUCUCAAAUGUAAUGACUAAAAAAAAUCAAGACAGAUAUGCUCAAUGGCGUUUGGUCAGCAUCAAAGCCGUUUUAAGUUAUGAAUUGGACGAAACUGAAGGAAGAAAAAUCUUUAAAGCACAUAAAACAUUUGAUAAUGCCCAACACGAUUAUGUUGCUGAAGAAAUCCAAUGGCUUUCAACUCAAUCGGCACCCUCGUCAAUGACUACUAUGUGGUUCUUUGGAACUGCAUCCGGCCUUACUAAGGAUACUAAAAUAGGAAAAAUCUUGUUUGAGAGUACUAUUCAGUAUAAAGAAAUAGUCGUUGACCAAGUAAAUACUAUAAUUAAUAAUCAGUACCAAUUCUUUGGAAAUGGUGAGGUGGCGUUUGAAGAUAAUAACAGAGACCAAACACCUGGGUUAGUCAAAAUUGCUUUUGAUCAGAUUGCUAUUUUCAGAGGCGG